GUAUUACACACUCGGGUGGGGUUGUUAUUUGGUAUCUACACCACACCCUCUGUCAGACUCUCUUUAACAAGAAAGACGAACAGGACCUCUGUAUAAUCGGCCAGACUUCAUCGCGCCUGCCCACGUCUCGUCCCUGUUCUGUUCCCCGCUCUACGCGCUUUGAUCGUCCGUCAUGUUCCGCUGUGGGAUCGCGUACCCCCGGUGCAGGUGGAUCGUGCCCCUGCUGCUCCUCUUCGCCAUUAUUUUUGACAUUAUCGCCAUCGCGGCCACGUCAGGAUGGGUGGAGGACGAGGACGCCAAAUCCCACUACGCCAGUAUGUGGGAGCAGUGCCGAGGCAGGAACGACGUCUGGGACUGCAAGUCUCUCAUGGAGCACUCUUGGGCUCAGGCUGUGGCUGCUCUGAUGAUCAUCGGCCUCCUCAUCCUCAUCAUCGCCUUCAUCAUCUCCUGUGUGGCUCUGUGCUGCUCGCUCAACAUCAGCAUGCUGCCCGUCAUUGGAGCGCUGUUGAUCAUUGUCGUGGUUCUACAGAUCAUCGCUCUGAUCAUCUACCCAGUCAAGUUCAACGAGAUGAUCUUUGAGGGCAACUACUUCUACACCUGGGCGUACGGCUUCGGCUGGGGCGCCACCAUCCUUUGCAUUGGCUGUGCAAUCCUCUUCUGCUGCCUGCCGCGCUACGAGGACGAGCUGAGCGGCAUGGCCAAGACCAAAUACAUCUACACCUCUGCUUAAAGACAAAAGAAAACCUACACCCACACACACACACACACACACACACACACACACACACACACACACAGUUACAUUUUCCACUCGUCACUCUGAGCUGGAUCUGCGCUAGCCAUUGGACAUUUUUACCCUGCACCGUUUCACCAAAGAUCCAAGAGUGGUAUUUGAAAUAGAGGUUUCAUUCUCUUUGAAAGUGGACUGUGAUUGGAUGUUGCAUCUGCUUUUAUAUAACAACCUCUACUGUGUUUAAGGUUAAGUCAGCUAUAAAAAAAAAAAUGUUUUAACCAUGGUAUUUUGGACAUUCUCCAUUUUGGUGAAAACAUAUUCCUUAUUUUGUUUUAACCAAUGCAAGAUCACCUAAGUGCUCUUAACCGUAGUGGUGUAAUUAUGUGUAAAACUUGCUUUAGCCUGAUUGACUUUUAGAACUCCUUUCAACUUUGACACUAACAUUUUUGCAUAAGAUGCAAAAGAAACGACUAUUUGUCGUUUAGAUUUGUGUCCUGUGUUUUAUUAUAAGUUUUUCUUUCAUUCAUGAGUGUGUCUUUUUUUUUCUCUUUGUUGCUUUGCGUGAGUUAAGAAGAAAGCUUAGGCUCAGAAGCUGAAUGUAACCUGUAUACAUAUGAAAAUAUACAUGUAGUUUAAGACUCAUGUUUGCACCUUUUGUGGGCUUUAUUGAUCAUUCUGACGUGCGCUUUGUCUCUUGAAGUUUUUUUUUUUUUUGACUAAAUACCAAAAUGGGAAUUAGUGUGGGAGUGUGCUUUCCGGGCUUUGCAUCUGUCCUGAACACAAAUAAUGAAAAUUUAAUUUGAGAUUAGAGCAGAGGGUGAUAUUUUUUUGAAUUGACAUUGGAGCAGUUGUUGCUUUGAUGGCCCUCUAAACAGGAAACAAUUAAAAUGAGAUUUCAAAGAGAUUGAUACUUAAUUCUUUUCAGAAAUGACAUGGAUAUUUUUUUUUAUAUUGAAACUUAAGAUUUCCUGACAAUUUCCCUUCAAGCGGACAGUCAUUGUAGAACAUAUGGUUGAAGUGGUCAUCAUAUAUAGAAAUCUGCAGCAAUCUUACAACAAAAAAAGGUCCAACUCAUGUAAGCGUCCUUGUUUAAUACUGAUGCCAAAUUGUCAUUAUUUUUGGUUAAAAGGGAAUAAUGUAAAUUCUGAAACUUGUUCUGCUUUUUUUUCUCGUAUUUGCAUCGAAGAAGUUAUAUUUAGAGAGUGUGUUCAGAGAGAUUAAAGACUUGAAGCUGUUUUCAUUCACAGACAGAUGACCAAUCAUGUAUUCUUUUCGAAGCCUUUUUGAAGUUUGUGAAAGUGAUCACUUCUGAAAACCAUCUGCUGGUUUGAUAAGACACUGAGACCAAUCUUCUGACAUACUGUGUGAUAAUCCUGUGCCUUAGCUUCUUCUAGUGUUCUGAUGCUGAAUCCUUAACGACCUAUCAAACUGGUCGUUCUGGUUUUUGCUGACUAACGCUUAAUUCCAGGCAUCUGUUGCGUCUAUAUUCAUGUCCAAACAAGACCAAUUAAUUUUCUUUAUUGAUGGAGUUCCAAGAAAACACGGAAAACCCAAACUUCAGAUUUGUUAUCUAACCUUGGUGUGUUUCCAGUUGAUUUUCAAACAAUGUGCUGCGUAAAUAAGUACUGGAAUUGUCUCAAUGAUGGGGUGAAAACUUUUAAAAUGUGCUCUUCACAGCAAGAAGAUGUAGAGGAUUCUAUUUUAUUACAUUCAUCCACUUCUGGAAAUCACCCAGCUGUUCUUCUGCUGUAGUAUGAAUUGAAUAUUUUUGCUAGUCUGUGUAUUUUUUAUCAAUAAAAAGUUUUGUUUUUCCGAA